ACUCCGUUGUUAAACUGAAACUCUUAUUGCCACGCUUAGCUCAAUAAGUCAAGCCGGGCGUUAAAGCGGUCGCGUCACAUUGUUUCUUGCUCGAGCCACUUCCCCUGGGACCAGACUUGUGUUCGAUUGUCGUCACAACUCACAAGCAUGUCAUCUCUUACGCUGCGGUGUCGAGGGCCAUCCGGGCAAGCGACAGUUUCAGUCGACGCGGCCUCCCCAAUCGCGGACUUUCUGGCGCUUCUAGCAGAGAAGACCGGCGUUCCAGCAGCAUGCAUUGAAAUCCUGUCGGGCUUUCCGCCCAAGCAAAUUCAGGUACCCAGCGAGGGAGCUGUGUCGGCGCUGGGACUUGCAAACGGCGACACGCUAACAGUGCGCCAAGGCGCGGCGCCGGCGCUUCCCCCGGCCGCCGCGCUGCCGCCAGUGGCCCCCCAGUCAGAGCCAUCCUCCUCGGGCGCGGGCGCAGCCACGCACUCAGCAGCAGCGGGGGCAGGGGCGGGGGCGCUCGGGGGCUUUGCGGACAUGGAGGAUGAGGACGAGAUGCUGGCACGUGCCAUUGCAGCCUCCCUGGAGUCCCAGCAGUCGGGGGCGGGGGCGGGGGCGUCAGGCGCGGGGGUGUCAGGAGCGGGGCCAGCUGCCACGCCACGGCCAGCAGGGGCGGCGCCAGGAGCGGCACUGGCUGCGCCCUCGAGCGGAGCGCCGCGGUCCGUGACCAACGCGCCGGCUGGAGGCCCCGCCCCCAGCUCCGUGCCUGUGCCGGGCGGCGACGGGUCGUGUGUGGUGCGGCGGGUGGUGGACAGCGACAACAGCUGCCUGUUCAACGCGGUGGGGUACGUCAUGGAGGGAAGCAGGAGCACCGCGGCGCGACUGAGGCGGGUUGUUGCGGACGCGGUGCGCUCCGACCCCUUCACCUUCAAUGAGGGCUUCCUGGGCAAGGCGGUGGAGGUGUACUGCGACUGGAUCCAGCAGCCCGACAAGUGGGGCGGAGCCAUCGAGCUGUUCAUUCUGGCGCAGCACUACAAGCGUGAGAUCGCGGCGUUCGACAUCCGCACCAAGCGCUGUGACAUCUACGGCCAAGACAAGGGCUAUCCCGACCGUGUGCUGCUCAUCUACGACGGCCUGCACUACGACGCCCUGGCGGUGGCGGCCUUCGCCGGCGCGCCCGAGGAGCUGGACGUGACCUGCUUCGAGCCGGACACAGCCGGGGGCAGGGCCAUCACGGCGGCAGCGGAGAAGCUGGUUGAGGCGACCAACGCGGCGCGGCAGUUCACUGACACAGCCAACUUCACACUGCGCUGCGGCGUGUGCCAGAUUGGGAUCAAGGGCGAGAAGGAGGCUGUGGAGCACGCGAAAGCCACCGGCCACUCCAACUUCGCCGAGUAUUAAUCUCGGCGAGCUUUGUUGUACUGAGGACUCGGGUUGGCAUGUGGUGCUGGCGUGGCUCAACACGGCGGGUGUGCCCGGAGCAGCACUGCACAUCACACACGUACGGGUGUCGCAUUGCGCGUGGCAGGGUGCCUCGUAUGUAUCAAGAAGCACCCGCGCUUUAACUUCACAUGCACGGAAUUCACAUAUCAAGUUGUGAUGUCAGGGUGCUUCAUGUGUGUGUGUGAACCUCAUGUGCUUGGCCGUGUGCGAGCCUUCAUCUGGGGGAGGGGGGCGAACCCACGGGAAUGCUGAUUAGAGCCUAUACUGCAACGCAUAUCAACAGUGCAGAUGCUUGAGCGAUGAGUGGUGGUGAGUGGCCACGGCAUGCCGCAAGGUGCACGUGAUGGAUGUGGUGUGGCUGUACCGCAGCAGUACGGGCGCGCGGUGGUACGACAGGGACUGGGACUGCCGGGACCCGCGGUGCUGAUGCUCCGUCCUCCGUCUGAUGCGAUCUCACGCGCCAGGCAGGGCACGCGGUCUGAGAGGCGGGCGUGGCGCGCGGCUGCGCUGAAGUAUGCAUAGGAUGGUGAUGCAAGCUUUUGAUGGUGCGUGUGCGCGUCGUGGCGUCGGCCUGUGGGGCUACGGCGAGCAGCGGGUAUGGCUGGGACAGGAGCGACUGCACUUGAGGUGCUCAACGCGCGGGGGUGCACAUGGUGACGUGAGUGGGCAGGCGGGCCUGGAGGCUUGUACAAGUAUCACAUACUGCUUGAAGCAAGGCUUCGUACAUGUAGGCAUCUGGGUCAGGCGCGGCGAGCCCACGUAAAAAUCACAACAG